UAGUGAAAUCGUUGAUAAUUUACCUUUAAAUACUGAUGAGUCUUGUUUAUCUCAUAUUCAAUUGCCUUUCUUCAAUUAAUUUGGAUAAUAUUGCUGCAAAGAAUCGAGGCGAUUUGCUUUAUGAAACUUUAAAAUAUUGUUCUUCUUCAAAUAUUUGUGUUAAAGAUGCGGCCGAUAAUUGUUUAAAUAAUUUAGUUAAGAAUUCUACCCAAUACAAAGAUGUUUCUGAAAUGAUUUUUGAAAAUGCCCAUUUGUUAAUGUUUAAAAUUCUGCUUGCCGCACAGGAUUUCCCAACAAAUCCACGCUUUCCAAUGGUUUUAUCUGAAAUGAUUUUAAGAUGUGUUAAUCCAAAAAUUUAUUUUAAAUUGAAAGGAGCAUUGGAUGAAUUAUUAUUUUGGUUAGAUUAUUCAAAUCAAAAACAAAUUUUACUUUUAUUAUUUUGUUUAAAAAAUUAUUGUAAAGCUUUGUAUAAUUGGUUUUAUCCUUUAAUACCUUCUCAAACAAUAAUAGUAGAUGAACAACAACCUUCUAAAGGUUUUUUUAAUUUUUUAAAAUAA